AUGGAUGCCCUCUCCAGCCGCGGCGGCGGCGAACGGCUCCUCCCAAUGGACGCUCUCUCCGGCCACAGCGCAGCUCCGCCUCAGCCGCUCCCGCUUCCGCCUGACGACCUCCUCCUGGAGAUCCUCCUGCGCCUCCCGCCGGAGCCAAUCUACCUCCUCCGCGCCACCCUCGUCUCCAAGCACUGGCGCUGCUUCGUCCACGACGCCCACUUCCUCCGCCGCUUCCGCGCGUUCCACGGGGCGCCGCCCGUGCUCGGCUUCCUCAACAGCCAGGCGGGGCCUCCCCUCUUCGUGCCCACUUCCGGCGCCUUCUCGCCCCCCUCCACGAUGACCACCGGCGCCUGGUGGCCUUUAGACUGCCGCCACGGCCGCGCCCUCCUGCUACGCUCUUCAAAGCUCAUUGUCUGGGACCUAAUGUCCGGCGAGAAGCGCUGCCUGCCGCUGCCGCCCACGACCUUCCACGACAACGCUGGCCGAUUCUUCAACGGCGCGGUUCUUCGCGCGACCGGCAACGACAACGACGACCACAUCGGCUGCCGUUCGUGCCCGUUCCUCGUGGCCUUCGCGCUCACCCACGACAACCUCGCCUCUGUCUGCGUCUACUCCUCUGAGACCGGCGUCUGGGGCGACGCCGCCUCUGUCGCCACGGAAGAAGACAUCGAGACGUACCCGACGGCUCUGGUUGAAAACACGCUCUACUGGCAGCUCACCGGCGGUUGCAUUCUAGAAUUCGAUCUGGAUAAGCAUAGCUUGGAUGUGAUCGAGCUUCCAGCGGACCUGUUCGCCAGCUACGAAGGCCAGAUUCUCCUCAUGCCGGCAGAGGAUGGAGGCAUUGGCUUUGCAGGAGUCAAAGAUGAUCUCAGUCUCCAUCUGUUCUCAAGGGUGGCUAGCGUCGUCGACGGCACGCUACAAUGGACACUUCGCAGGUCCAUUGAUCUGGAAAAGUUUAUUCCGCCAGAUUUGGUGGAUAGAUGUAAGCGUCAUACAUUUCCUCCCGUGGAGGCAAUUGGCUUUGCUGAAGACGCUGAUGUGAUUUUCAUUCACGCUGACAUUUGCGUCUACAUGCUCCAUCUCAAGUCUAUGCAGUUUGAUGAGGUGCCGGAGAAAGGAAGCUAUAGCAGCAUUUUUCCCUACUCAAGCUUCUACACCGCGGUACUGCCAUGUCUUCUAUCAUGA